AACCAACGCCAAAGAAAGGUGAGCGUCGUCGUCGUCUUGGAAACCAGCUGGUAGUAGGAGCAAACCACGAGAGACGGGGUUUUGGCGCGCGGAGGACUUCCCGGAGGCCGCCGCGAUCGACACCGUCAGUCAGUCGCGAUCCGCGAACCAAACCAGCAGCCGCCUCCGAAUUCAGCUAGCGGAACAAGCCAGACUGUCGAAGAACUUUCAGUUUCAACGGGCACGAUCGUUGGAGCGUUAGAGCCGUGGGAACUUCAACCUGUGCGUCGCGUCGUCGAUUCUGAAGCGUGUCGGAUUGUGUCUUGUGGCCCUGGUUGAAGAGUUAUUGCCUCCAAGAGUUGGACUAGACCAGGUUCCGGUGAUCAAUCUCGUCGAACAAGACACGCGGAAUCGCGAUCGCUAAAUUUGCAUCUGCUUGAGGUUAUGUCCAGCGAUCGGUAGUCGCAAACCGGUCGCUUUUGUUUGUUUGUUAAUUCGGCCUGAUGACCGGAGUGGUCUUUAAAACCGUUUUGAUUGGCAGUGUGUGACCUGGAAGAUCAAGAGUCCAAGAGUUGCGAAAACAUGAGAUUGUAGUGAAAUUGAUGUCCGUUUAUCGUAAAAGCGUACGAAGCGGGUCGAAGAAGAAGUUCAUUGUUGGACCGGAAAAAAGUGCUGAAUUCUGGGCCGGAGCUUCCGCGUGACACGAUCGCCGUGGUUCAACUGGAGUGAAAGUCACUUGAUGCUGUGGGAUUCGUUGACUUCUGACUUUGGACGAUGCAUCAAGAAGAAGUGCGUGUAUUGAGUAACAACUACACGAAAGAAGAAGGAAGUAAUCGUUACUCGUAAGUCCAAACCGAAGAGGCAAUCAACUCUGAUCUGUUGCUGGAUACUGGAACGACAACUGUAGACCGCGCCGCGCCAAACACGGACGUCACGAGGAACCUAACCUCCAAAAGUCGUGCGUCGCCGUAUGAAAGUGAACUUCCCCCGCUCAGCAGUACAACGUUUUUCCGGCCAAAGUUUGGCUGAGCAGCGCGCGCGCGGAAAAUGCAAAUGAUGCCGAGCGGUGAAACCGAAUUCCAGCGCCGCGCAACAAUUGACAAACAAGAAUAGGAAAAGUGAGGUUAGGGAAGCUGCUCGACAUAACCUCGACGAGCUUUAGGAGAAAGAUGGGAAUCACCAAACCAGGAUGAAUAAAGUCAACUAACGCGAUGUAAAUGAGAUGCAAAAGAAGGAGCAAAAAAAAAGUGUUGUUCAGUGAAGUGUAUUUGCUAGAGGAAAUUAAGAAAGGAAUAAAAAAUGAAGUGAAAUGGAAUUGCGGGUCACCAAAGAGCCGAAAACACAACGGACAGCGCCAUCUGAAUGUGAUUUAGAGAAACAAUCACGCGAAGAAAACAACGUGAAAAGUCGUGCAAAGUUGCGCUGUGUCUAGCCAAAGAGGAGGAAGAAGACGCCACCGCGGUCAAAGGUCGCCCGAGUUGUGGAAGGUCCAGCUUGGUGGGACAGCCAGGAUACACGUCCGGGGACAAAACAUGCAAAAUGAAUACAACAUGUGCAUGACCAUUCUGCUGCUGAUCGUAGGGUUCGUCCGAGCGGAACACUUGUUAUUCUCAGAUUGCGGAAUCCGUACCUCUCGCAGACAACCCCGAAGCAGCAGCAGCGCCAACAACGCCAACAGCAACGAGGACGGCUGGUCAGGGUACUACAAUAGCAACCAUCACCACAGCGGUUCAACGACUUCCGCCGAAUCGGACGGUCCUGCCGCCAUGGCAGACUCCGACCCGGAUGGACCCAAUCGAAACCCCAAGAUCAUGCACGGCGUCCCCACCCUCGAAGGCCAAUACCCGUGGCAGGUUUCGCUGGAGCUGAUGCACCCCUCGUACGGCUUCAUCGGCCACUGGUGCGGCGGGGUUCUGAUCGACCGGAACUGGGUCCUGUCGGCGGCGCACUGCGUUCACAAUGAACUGUUCAACCUACCACUGCCAGCACUGUGGACUGUGGUGCUGGGCGAGUACGACCGGGGCCGGGAGUCUGGCUACGAGCAGCGCAUCCCGGUGGACAAGAUCAUCCUGCACGAAAAGUACCACAACUUUAAGCACGACCUUGUGCUCCUGAAGCUGAAUCGCCCGGCCAACAUCGCGCCCAACUCCCGGGUCAAGAAGAUCUGCCUUCCGUUUGCCGACAUCAAGGUCAACAGCGUCCCGUUUGAUCCCCGGCCCGAGCUGGACCGCCUGCACCAGCAGACCAAAACCAGCCAGUUGUUCUACUUUGACUAUCUGGGCCGACCCCCGGACAAGGGCGGCGGGCGCCCUGCCGCAGAGGACGGUCCCACCAAGGAGGACGUGGUCGACGAAGAGUCGGAGCUGAACGCCGAGGACGCCUCCACAGACUUCCCGGAUGCGCUUCCGGACCGCGAGGACAACUACCUGCGGCGGCUGAGACUGCUGGGUGAAUCCGGCGCCCCGGAGUACCGACGCCCACGAACGGCCCGCGUCGUGGUAAAUCAGAUGGUCCGGAAACGGUUGCAACAUUCGUCGUCGUCAGGACUGGUUGGGAACGCCACCCGAGCCAGAUCCGAAAGUGCUUCGAGAAGGUCCUUCCGACGGGGGCGACGACUGUACCAAACGGCAGAUUUCGACGACGACGACGAUGAUGAUGACGAUGAGGACAAUAGCUGGGGAACGCGACACGGUGGCAAGCGGCGCCGAAACGAUAAAUUUGCCCACGGGGGCUUCUAUCGGAACGAGCACUACCGGAACGAGUUCGGGGAGGACGUUGGUGGAGGCGGCGGGGGUACGAGCGAUGCCGAACCCAUCAGUGCCAUCCCCGAUACUUCCCAGUACGUGGACUGCCUGGCAACAGGUUGGGGCAAGUCGACAAUCGAUGAUGAAUUAACAGACAUCCUGCUGCAGACGAAGGCCCCCAUUCAGAACAGUAAAAAAUGUGAGGAAGCGUACGGGGAUUUCAUCAAGCUGCACCGUGGCCACCUCUGCGCGGGAAACCUGGACGGAACCGGUGGGACCUGUGUGGGCGACUCCGGUGGACCGCUGCAGUGCCGUAUCACCAAACACGGGCCGUGGAUUCUGGUCGGCAUCACCUCGUUCGGUUCCGGCUGUGCCUUCAAGAACUACCCGGACGUGUACACCAAGAUCUCGUUCUACCGCCAGUGGAUCGUGGACACCAUCCAGGGCAACUGAGGGGGAACACACGGACAAGCCACAAAUACUACCGAGAGUUACCAGCUAUAGCAGCAACACACAUAUAUGCACCUUCGAAAGACAAACAUUGUGAUAUUACUUUUUAGCUCGAGGGGAGAGACAUUACUUUUGAGGAUUGGUGGUUGCACAAAACUAAUAGACUUAAAAAUUUCAAACAAAAAGCGAGCUAUCUACCAUAUAAAGCUCAAUGAAAAUAGUAAUAAGCAGUCCUUAACUCAAAUGACUUCCAAAACGAUGGAAGAAAGGACUGGAUGAGCUAUCAUAAUGCUAUGAGCAAUUCUCUACGAAAUCGGUCUUUUCUUCAAUUUUAAUUUUUGUAUUUUUUAAUCCGACUGAAACUUUUUUGGUGCCUUCGGUAUGCCCAAAGAAGCCAUUUUGCAUCAUUAGUUUGUCCAUAAAAUUUUCC